CUUCACAAUCGUUGCAGAAUCAGCCAAGCUUUACCACUCUUGCUCGGGUGCCGUCCAACAUGCCAAAAGACCAGCCCAGGUCGCCAAUGACACGCAGUGGCCUCCAAUCAUUUACCGCCUACAGGGGUCGGAGCUUGGGGUAAAGGGGGCCUGGGCAGCGUCGAUUACAGCGGUACCCCGCAGCAUCGACACCUCGCCGCGCUCGGUUGAGCUCCUCGUCCUCCUCACCUCACAUCAUUGAUAGCUCCAUGUCCUGAGGUCCUCGACCCAUGGUAUGCGGAGAUGCGUCGGCAUUCACUCGGAGGCAGGCUUUCUAUGGUCGACUGCCCUACCGCACCUCAUUAUGGCCUCCGAUAGCAGUGUAACUGGUCGAGACAGCUUACCAGGGGUUCGAAACCGUAUGGUCAUUAGUCAAUCAGAAACUCCUCCGAGCUUCGAGCUCCGAAAUCUUCCCAGCUCAGGACCGAGGAUCUUCGCGUCUUGGCUACAAAGUGUGGAAUAUAAAAGCCAGCGCGACCAAUUUACCUUUCUCGCAAUGAAGACCAGAUCACCUGCAGCUCCUUCUUCCUGACUUCCUCUUCUUAUACGCUUCCCACCAUCAUCAUGCAUCUCCCGCUGCUCCUCUCGGGAGCUGUCUUGAGCUUCAUCGCUCCGACCCUCGCCGUUCCUGUUCAGGACAGUCCUCGCCAGCGCCUCCUCGACGGCAAGGGCCUUCCUACAAAGUACCGCAGUGGCUCGCCUCCCUACACUCCUGGCCACAAGGACAAGUACGAUAGUCCCAUCGACUCUAUUGGCGACGAGCUCGAUCCCUUGCCAUAUCGCAAUGGCCUCGGAGCCUCUGUUCUCGGCCCUUGGAACGAGGCUCGAUCCAGACAGAACCCUGAUCUCGUUCGACCUCCAGGCACUGAUCACGGCAACCUUGCCAACAUGCGUUGGAGUUUUGCUGAUUCUCACAUUCGCAUCGAGGAGGGCGGUUGGACUAGACAAACCACGAUUCGCGAGCUUCCUACCAGCAUCGAGCUGGCUGGUGUCAACAUGCGCCUAGACGAGGGGGUCGUUCGUGAGCUCCACUGGCACAAGGAAGCUGAAUGGGCAUACGUCCUUGAUGGCAGCUGCCGUAUCACCGCCAUUGACUACGAGGGAGGCAACUUUAUCGAUGACGUUCAAAAGGGCGAUCUCUGGUACUUCCCCUCCGGUGUUCCUCACUCCCUUCAAGGUCUCGGCGAGAACGGAACCGAGUUUCUCUUGAUCUUCGACGAUGGACACUUUUCUGAGGAGUCUACUUUCAUCCUUACGGACUGGCUUGCACACACCCCCAAGUCUGUAAUCUCAAAGAACUUCAAGCUGGCCCCCGAGGUCUUUGCCAACAUCCCCGAGGGAGAGAAGUAUAUCUUCCAAGGAACGACACCCGGCUCCAUCAGCCACGAGGCUCCUGACGGAAAGGGCGUCAAGAAGUCAAAGCACCAGUUCACGCACAAGAUGCUCGCACAGGAACCCAAGAAGACCUCUGGCGGCGAAGUCAGAGUAACCGACUCCAAGAACUUCCCCAUUUCAAAGACCAUUGCUGCUGCCCACGCCAUCAUUGAGCCCGGCGCCCUCCGCGAGAUGCACUGGCACCCCAACGCCGACGAGUGGUCCUUCUUCAUCAAGGGUCGCGCCAGAGUCACGAUUUUCGCCUCGGAAGGAAACGCCAGGACAUUCGACUACGUGCCAGGCGACGUUGGCAUCGUCCCGAAGAACAUGGGUCACUUUGUGGAGAACAUUGGCGACGAACCCCUCGAGAUGCUCGAAAUCUUCCGCGCCGACGAAUUCAGAGACUUCUCCCUGUUCCAGUGGAUGGGCGAGACGCCCAAGAAGCUGGUCGUCGACCACCUCUUCGCCAACGACCCCGAUGCUGGAGAGAAAUUCUGGGACAAGGUCAAGAGCGCCGAGAAGGACGAGAUCACCAAGGACACUAGCGUCGAUGCCGAGGAUGUUCAGACCGAGACGGAGGAACUCUGAUGGUCAUACAACAACACGGAACGGAAACAUCAUGCAUGGAAACAUUGGAAACGGAAACGAGGUGGCUGAGUCUUUUGCCCUCGGUCAUCGUCUGUGCUCUGGCGGCAUUUUGUUUCGUUGGGUGAUGAAACGUCUACAGCCAGG